GGGAGUCUGCCAGAGGCCUUGGCCUGACCUCACUUCACACCCAAGGAGAAGAAAACUAAAGCAAUAGAGCUCAUCUGCAAAAGUUUUCCAUUUAGAGCUCUGGAGGGUCGGGCCACUUUGUACUCUUGUCUCUCUCUCUGCUAGCACGGGGGUCGAAUGAACUGAGAUAGUUCCUGAUUUGUCACUCGCCCAGGCAUCUCUGUAGCUCCAGCACCUAACACUGACAUUAGCAUAAAGGAAGCGUCCAAUGAACGUUUGAAUGAAUGAAACGGGCUGGGAACUAGAGUGAGCGGGAAGCCACUUGGAAAACACCCAUUUGAGGAGGUGUUUCAUCUAGGCCUGUGAAACGCGGCAGAUUUUCCCAGGACCCCUCCUCCCUUUCCCUCGGCUCCGCCUCCUGACCCCUUCAUUCCCCGUCCCUGGAGUAAUCCCCUCCGGUUUUCCUCAGUCUCCACGUACGUCCCUCAGGGCGCGUCCCAAAACCCGGAUAACCGGAGCACUCCCCAUGGACCAGACGGAGGGCUCGCCCGCGGAGGAGGUGCCUGCGCAUGCUCCAUCGCUUGGAAAAUUUGGUGAGCGGCCUCCACCUAAACGACUUACUAGGGAAGCUAUGCGAAAUUAUUUAAAAGAGCGAGGAGAUCAAACAGUACUUAUUCUUCAUGCAAAAGUUGCACAGAAGUCAUAUGGGAAUGAAAAAAGGUUUUUUUGCCCUCCUCCUUGUGUGUAUCUUAUGGGCAGUGGAUGGAAGAAAAAAAAAGAACAAAUGGAACGGGAUGGUUGUUCUGAACAAGAGUCUCAACCAUGUGCAUUUAUUGGAAUAGGAAAUAGUGACCAGGAAAUGCAACAGCUGAACUUGGAAGGAAAGAACUAUUGCACGGCCAAAACAUUGUAUAUAUCUGAUUCAGACAAGAGAAAGCACUUCAUGCUGUCUGUAAAGAUGUUCUACGGCAAUAGUGACGACAUCGGUGUGUUUCUCAGCAAGCGGAUAAAAGUCAUCUCCAAACCUUCCAAAAAGAAGCAGUCAUUGAAAAAUGCUGACUUAUGCAUUGCCUCAGGAACAAAGGUGGCUCUGUUUAAUCGACUUCGAUCCCAGACAGUUAGUACCAGAUACUUGCAUGUAGAAGGAGGUAAUUUCCAUGCCAGUUCUCAGCAGUGGGGAGCAUUUUACAUUCAUCUCUUGGAUGAUGAUGAGUCGGAAGGAGAAGAAUUCACAGUCCGCGAUGGAUACAUCCAUUAUGGACAAACAGUCAAACUUGUGUGUUCAGUUACUGGCAUGGCACUCCCGAGAUUGAUAAUCAGGAAGGUUGAUAAGCAGACCGCAUUAUUGGAUGCAGAUGAUCCUGUGUCACAGCUCCAUAAAUGUGCAUUUUACCUUAAAGAUACAGAAAGAAUGUACUUGUGCCUUUCUCAAGAAAGAAUAAUCCAGUUUCAGGCCACUCCAUGCCCAAAAGAACCAAAUAAAGAGAUGAUAAAUGAUGGAGCUUCCUGGACAAUCAUUAGUACGGAUAAGGCAGAGUAUACAUUUUACGAGGGGAUGGGCCCUGUCCUUGCCCCAGUCACACCUGUGCCUGUCGUAGAAAGUCUUCAGUUAAAUGGCGGUGGAGACGUGGCAAUGCUUGAACUUACAGGACAGAAUUUCACUCCAAAUUUACGAGUGUGGUUUGGGGAUGUAGAAGCUGAAACUAUGUACAGAUGUGGAGAGAGUAUGCUCUGUGUCGUCCCAGACAUUUCUGCAUUCCGAGAAGGUUGGAGAUGGGUCCGGCAGCCAGUCCAGGUUCCAGUAACUUUGGUCCGUAAUGAUGGAAUCAUUUAUUCCACCAGCCUUACCUUUACCUACACGCCAGAACCAGGGCCACGGCCACAUUGCAGUGCGGCGGGAGCAAUCCUUCGAGCCAAUUCAAGCCAAGUGCCCCCUAAUGAAUCGAACACAAACAGCGAGGGAAGUUACACAAAUGUCAGCACAAAUUCAACCAGUGUCACAUCAUCGACAGCAACAGUCGUGUCCUAACUACCGUCUUUUUGCUAGGACUCACACUGACUCGAGUGCGGCAAAAUGUUGACAAAAAAAAAAAAAGAAAGGAAAAAAAAUGAACAAUCUUUUGUGGUUUCUUGGGAAAACUUUUCAUACCAGGUGAUACGAUUCAAAAACCCCCUUACCUGCAAGUGCUGAUAUGAAGUGCAGAAGCCACAGUCAAACAAAACAAACACAUCAAAAUGAAAAAACUUUCGGAAAUUGAUUUUUUUAGCUGUUAUUUUUGUUUGGUUGGUUUUUGCUUGGUUUUGUUUAAAUGGGCAAGAAAUAGACAUGUGGCUGGAGUAAAACCUAAUCAAACUAGAAGACAAAAAUCUAACAUAGUUUUUAUGGACCAAGGAACUUGUAUAAGCUUUAGCAAAAGGUACAUUUUCACCAUACCUUUUUUAUAUCACAGUAUAUAGUACACCUUUGUUACCAAAUAGGUGGUUCUCCUCCCCACCCCCUUUGAGCUUUUGCUCCCAAGUCCAUUCAGGUUCCAGGCCUGGCCAUGCUUGUUUAAUCUAACCACCACCAUACUCUUCCAGGUCUUUUUGGUCUAAGGCUGGAACUGUUCUUUUUAUUUUAUUAUUUUUUUUAAAGCUGAAGUCUUGUGACUUUUAAUGAGUCGAAAUUGUUUUGAUUUCAGCAAGUCAAAUCUUGUAAAGGUCUGCGUAUUUUUUUUAAGAUUAUAUGAAGUCUGUGCAAAAGCUUUAAAAAAAAAAUGCCUCUGCCUUGCCUGCAAUACAUGCAACGUAUGUUAACUUAGCCUCUCUUCUCAGACACCAGUUGAUAGUUAUUUCUGUGUGUUCCUUUUUUUUAAACAAUGUAUUUAUAGUGGUAAUCCAAGAGGUUCUACUCUGUACCUGGAAUCCUGUGGGGCCGUUUCGUUGCUAAGGAGUUAAUGGCAUGGAACAUGGUGGGUUUGCAGUGUUCCUCCCGUUUCGGUGCAGAAAUCUGUCCGUGCAUUCCAGGAUUUGUUCAGGUCCCCACCAUCACCACCCCCACCCCCGAAUCUUGUACAUAACUUGUAUUAUGUGUAAGUUAAACAUUUUAUUUUGAACUUGGAAUGUUUCCCAUGACUUCAUUUAGCAGGGUGUUCUCCGUUGUUGACAUGUGACAAGAAAAUAUCAUGAGAAAUAUUUGCUACCUAUUGGUGGAUGGUGCCCAGUUGGUAGAUGGUGCCCUUAUUGUACAAUGAGGAAAAUCUCAGCAAAAGCAUGUUUCUAUUUACUUUCUUUCGUUCUUUCUUUUUUUUUUUUUUUUUGUAGCCUAGGCCAAACCAUUGUAACCUUAAAACAAGAUGCUUUUUACUAGGUGACCAACUAAAAGAGCUGAAAGACAGUACUUUAGGAACAGUUAGUUGUAAGGUUAUAAAUAUGCAAACGUAAUUUAUCUUUCCAUUUCUCUCCCGGCCUUUUUUUUUUUUUUUUUUUUUUUAAAAUCUUCUCUUCCUUCCCCAGUACUGAGUGUCUUCACAGAUGUCUCUCCUGCUCAGAGAGAAUUUCUCCUCCAUUUAGUUAAGAGUUGAUUCCGUUUAGGGUUGUGUGCUGGCAGUGCGUGCUGGGCUCACUGGUUUUACACCGCUUCCGUUCCUGCACUUUGGUCAUGUCUUUGUUCGGUUCUUAGAAAUCGCAGCUCCCAUUGAGCUGCAUGUGGUCCAGGCACUGUGUGUGUGACGUUACAGGACGUGGUCUGGUCAUAACAAUCAUCUUUCCUAGAGUAAAAACUACCUCUAGAUUGUGGUAAGCUUUUACUGUCCCAUAAAAAGGAGCCACAAGUACCUUAAGAAUGCAAAACUGUAACUUCCUACAGCGUUUCCAUACAGAAAUUGUCUUUCUGGUGUCUUGGGCUAUUUUGAAAAGUUUUCAUUGGUAGACUUUUAAAACCAUCAUUGUUAGUAGCUUUUUUAUCCCCCCAGCUUUGAUAUCUUCAUCACUUGUUGUUUUGCUCCGACUAUGCCAUUGUAAAUACAAUUCCUAACAUCUUUAAAUCGCGUUUUCCUCAGUUUUCAAGGGGAAAGUCAUUUGUAAAACACGUUGUGGUUUUCUCUUUCCUGCAAGCCUUUUUAAUUACUCACAGGCUGCGUUAUACUAUAUACAGCCUUUCUCUCUUCAAGUCUGCUCCAGUCACUGGCUUCUCUUGUAAGCUAAUCCUGCCUCACACUUUAAAUCUGUUUCAGUGACCAAGGGCAGAAUUCAUUGUGGCCUUAUCUUCCUUUGUUUUAACUGUUUACUGGCUUUUUCUUGCAAAUUUGCUUAUUUCUGAGUAGUAUUUAUUCUUUCCUCUUUUGAGUCUAGACGUAGUCUUUACACAGUGCUAAAAAGAGAGGGCAGAGAUGUUUUCAGUGCUUUACUUUGAAUGGGCCACAAGCUUCCUCCACUUCCCAAGUUUGGUAUUUAGUUAUGAAAUUAUAUUAAAUUAACUGAUAAUGGAUGAGAUGCUUUUGAAAAACAAGCUAUUCCUUACCCAGCAUUGCAACUCAAAAUAACUUUUCGAGUAUAUGGCUUUAUUAAAAUGAACCUUGGCUUUUUUUUUUUUUUUUUUACUGUUUAAUUGUAUCUAAUUUUGGUUCUUUGUUUAUUUCAAUAAGAUAAUUGAAAUAUUAGACUGUAAACCCUUUUCUUUUUUUUUUUUUUUUUUUGAAAAGUCUAAGAAUGUACUUAUACAGGCAUUUCCCCCCACUACUUUAUGCCAUUCUUCAUACCACAAACUAAAGACUGAAAUGAUUUGUCUGUUGUGGCUUAUUGUUUAUCAGUAGUUCUUUUGUCAGCUGCUUAAAAAAAAAGUUUGUGAAUGGUUUUCUGUGUAAUUACAGGAUCCUUGUCCUCUGGUUAUAGUAGAACGUAGCCCCUCCCCCAAAAGGUGGCAUUAUUAGAGAUGCUGGCCAUUUACCCUCAUAAAGACUCAGAACGGUAACCACUUCAGUUAAAGUAUAGUAGUUUUUUGUUUUUUAAAGUUCUGUUUUAGAAGUGUAUCCUAUAGAGGCUCAUGAUUUCUAUGCAGUUUCUACAAAUGCACAUAGAAGCCGAGUCUGUUGUCCAGUAUGUUUUUAUUAGUUCCAUCGAAUUGAUCACAUAGAUUGGGAAGGCAAGCUAAAAGCUUUAAACGUAAAAUGCCCUUUUUAUUUUGAAUGGUUUCAGAGUUGAACACUAGUAGAAUAUUUAACCUGCUGCUGACUUUUCUUAAACUGUGGCAACUAAAGGCAUCCUCAUAUACGUAUUAAUUAGUGAAAUAUUUGUCACUCUUACUGCACAGACUUGUUUGCAGUUAUAAACUGGUUAGGGUCAUUUUGUUGUUUUUAAUGAAACUAGUACCAUCUGUGCCCUCACAGGAAAUUUCCAACACAGUUUUUAAGAACUAAACUAACCAGUCAUGUUUAAUCCGAUAAUCCACCCUGGAGGGGUGGGGGGCGGGGGUGGUGGUGGUGGUUCCUUUUUGAAACAAAAAUGUCAUUCAAUUAUUAACCAAAUUACUUACUUUUGAUUUCAAAAGCAGCUGUGUUUUUGAUGAGUACUGAACAAAUGUGUGUAAUUUUCUGUGCCAGACUUUUUUGACUUUGUUUUCAAGCACUGUAAUGUGGGAUGGAUGAUUAGAAACAAUAAUAUAUUAGGGUUUCUAUUUAACCCUUUCAGGACUGAACUGUAUCUCCUUUUAUUAAUUUUUCCCUGUGUCGUGAUAAAUGUUUGCCAGCAUUCAGUACUGUGUUGGUCCAGAUGUAGGUUUAUAUGCUCAUUUUUAGCUUAUUUCUUGUACCUUGCAGCAUGCUCUACGCAUUCAGUCCUUAAGGGGUUUAUUUUACAAACUGUGCGCCUGUAAGGUUUAUUAGCAAUAAGAUAGAAAAUUGAGCAAGUUUAUACCAUAAUUUUGUAGAAAAAAGAAUCUGCUCAGUUCCAUAUUUCAUCCAUGAGAAACCUGCAAUACGAGCAGUUUCAAGAAAUAAAUAAAAAGGAAAUGUAAACCAUUGUAAAAGUCUUCUGUUGGAUGUGCCUGAUGCAUGUAUUAUCGUCUUUGAUUUCAGAAUACUUCAUAAAGAUGAAAUUAAAUUCCAUGUU